AUGAGCGACUCUGGAACUGCAGAUUUCUUCUACAGAGAAGCUCAGCGACUUGGUUAUGUUGCUCGCUUGGCCUUCAAGUUGGAAGUACAGCUACUCCAGAUUCAGAAACAGUACAAAUUGAUAACACCUGGUUCCUCUGUUGUUGACCUAGGUUGUGCUCCUGGUGCUUGGCUUCAGAAUUAUAUGGCGAAAGAGGGAAGAAUUAAUUGUAUAAGGCGAGAUCGAUAUAGGGAUUUUUUGACUGAAGGGUAUUUUAGGAAUAAGGUUAAGAAUUCUAUGGCGGUGGUUGUGGGUUGGUUCUUGUUGACUCAGAUUAUCCGACAUAGAUUCAAGAAGAUGGGUGGGUUAACAAGGAUUAAAGAUUUUUUUUAA